AUGAUGGCCAGUGUGCGGUGCGGUAACCAUGAUGGCCAGUGUGAGGUGCGGUUAAGUGAACUACCCCACAAGCACAGUGAUCCAGAAGGCAGCCACGUGGCCUCGAAGCUGCAAGUGGAGGUCGGCGGGGGAGGCCACCAGGCGCCGACCUCGCGGAAGCUACCACUCACAGUCACAUCACCACUACUGGGAGAAGCGCUCGGUGUUCCCAUUAGCGUCCCAAGGGGUUCAGCCAAGGGCACCGUGGGCGUCUGGGUAUCUGCCCGCCUCGACCUCCCCACGCAGUCCCGGGCCGGGUGGCUCGGGGUCGCCGCACUGAGCCUGGCCGCGGUGGCGCUGGGGCACGCGCGUCCUGGGCGGCUGCAGCAAGUGGGCACCGUAGCACAGCUGUGGAUCUACCGGGUCAGGUUCUGCAAGGGGGUGGUGAUGAGCCCCGCGGAGUGCACGCUCAAGGGGCUGCGCAGCGGCCACCUGCGGGACAGGUUUUGGCUUGUGAUCAAUGAGGGGAACACGGUCACUGCUUGCCAGGAACCUCACCUGGUUGUGAUUUCCCUGACCUGUGACAGGGACACCGUGACACUCAGUGCACCCUACUCAGAGGACCCGCUGUUGCCCAUCAAAACACCCACCACCAACGCAGUGCUCCAACCAGAGCUGCACAUAGAUCCACCCUCCCUGACUGCCAGGAUGAUCACUGACGGCUCAGUUGAACCAACCCAUACCGUGCCACCUGAGGAUGCUUAUUCACAAGAUUCUUGAGAUGAGUUGCUUAUUGGCAAUGUUGAACUGAAAAAGGUGAUGGCUUGUCCCAGAUGCAUUUUAACCGUGGUGGACCCAGACUGCGGGGUCAUGAUCAGGAACGAGCCACUAGAAACACUGGAAAGUUAUCACCAGUGUGACCCUGCUAAACAGAAAUGAUAUAGAAAAUCACCUCUGUCUGAAUAAUAUUUUGUUCUAGAAACCCCAGGGACAGUCAAAGUGGGAGACCCUGUAUAACUGCUGGGUCAAUAA